ACAAUUUUGACAGCAGCGAGCGGCGGCGGCGGCAGCUAGCAGACCGCCGAACUAACCAAAGCCUCUUGCUUGACUGGGCGCGGAAGUACCACACUCUAUGGGGCGGGGUUAGCAGCAGACUAUUCGGACGAAUUAUUGAAAACAAUAAUAUGUCGCACAAACAGACCCCAUACUCACCAAAUUUUCCGGCCAGUCAAGGGUAUGCUCCACCUCCUGACAGUAAGGCGCAGGAGAGUUAUCCGAUGAACCCCCAGACUGGCUAUCCCCACCCUCAAACAGGACCAAUGAACCCCCCGGGACCUCCAUUACCACCUGGAGCCCAACCACUGCCAGGAAUGCAGCCUGGGUUCCAACAUGGUUUCCAGCCUGGUUAUCAGCCUGGAUUUCAACCUGGCUUUUCUCCAGGCUAUCAGCCACAACCAGGAUAUCCUCAGCCAGUUAUUCAACAACCUGGACCCCAAGGCCCACCAGGUGGCUGGAUGACUAUUCCACAAGGAGUCAACAACUGUCCCCCAGGUUUGGAAUACCUGUCAUUGAUUAACCAGCUGUUAGUGCACCAGAAAGUGGAACUUUUGGAAGCCUUCGUGGGUUUUGAAACUAACAAUAAAUAUACAAUCAAGAACAGCGUCGGCCAGAAGGUCUACUAUGCUGUAGAAGAUAACGACUGCUGCACUAGAAACUGUUGUGGCCCGAUGCGUCCAUUCGAUAUGAAGAUUAUGGAUAACUUCCAAAAUGAGGUGAUUCAUCUCCACCGGCCCCUGGCGUGCGAUUCCUGUUUGUGCCCAUGCUGGCUGCAAAGCAUGGAAGUGUCCGCGCCGCCUGGCACCGUCAUCGGCUCGAUAGAACAGCAGUGGUCACUGUGCAAACCGUGCUACGACAUCAAGAACGCAGUCGGUGACGUCGUACUCAAAAUCAAAGGGCCGUUCUGCACUUACUCUAUUUGCGGAGAUAUCGAAUUCAAUGUAUACUCAAAAGACGGCGAAACGAAAGUUGGUAAAAUUACCAAACAGUGGUCAGGAUUGGCGCGGGAGGCAUUUACCGAUUCCGAUUAUUUCGGAAUUAAUUUUCCGAUGGAUUUGGACGUGAAGAUAAAAGCAGUUUUGUUGGGAGCGUGCUUUCUAAUUGAUUUCAUGUUCUUCGAAAAAGGAAAUAAAGAUGAUGGACCGGGCAUGUUGUAAGUCCUUCAAAAAUACGUGCUAUUUUACUGUUUUCUUAUGGAUUUAUAUUUUUUAAUGAUUUACUAUUGUUGUGUUUAUCAGAUUAAUUUAAGUGGUUGUCAUAAGCACAAGUUUUGUUAAAAGUUUGAUUCAAUAAUGUUUAUUAUAUUAAGUACAUGAUUGAAGUUGUCCACGUAUAUACCACAUUUGUGAUAUUUCACUAUAUUGUUGAUUUAUUAUGAAGAAAAACUUAUAUUAUUAUUUACUGGCGUAAAUGAAUGAAAAACAGAGUUUAAUACUUUAUUUUAAACUAUAUUUACAGGUCGUUUUUGCAUUUAUUAUAAGUUUUUGUUUUCAUUAAUUUAAUUUUUCUAAAUAUUUUGAUAUAAUGAUAUUUUACUCUAGUGUAUUUUCUCAUUCACGACCUAAGUGAUCUUAUGAAGCCAAUCUCAUAUUAUAUAAUAUUUUUGAAAUUUAAGUAAAGUAAGUAUAUCUAAUAUUCUUAUAAAUACAUACAUUUAAAAAUGUUUCACGAAUUUGCUAUUUCUCUUAAAACCUACAAUACAAUAAUAUUAACAUGGUAAUAAGGGAGUUGUGAACAUUAACACUAUUGUUAAGAAAAAUAAUGCAUUUUGCUUAUUAAUUGCCUACAGUAGCAUUUAUAAUUUAUAGUACAUAAUAAUAUGUUGUACUUAUAUGAUAAAUACACCAAGUGUGCAUUUUUACCAGCGUAUUUUAUUAAAUAUUUAUACUCGUAAUAUAAGGCUUGAUUGUUAUAAAACUUUAUAUAGUCUUAUUAAUGGUCUAUUAUUAUAUAUUAAUGGUCUAGUACCCUAGUCUACGAAGUGUGAUAUAUAUUUUCACGAUUUAAUUGUUUGAUCGAGUUACGUUUCACUGGGCUGAUUUUUCAAUCAUCAAUUAACUUUUAACUGGCGAAUAAAUUUGUCAUUUUGACAUAUUUCCCAUACUGAAAAUGUCAAUAUGCCAAACUUAUUCUUCAGAUAAAAGUUAUCCAACGAUUGAAAAAUCAGCUCUUAGGCAUAAGAAAACGGAUUUUAAAUAUUAAUAAGAAUAAAACUUAAAUGGCGUCAAAACAUUGUAAAGUACUUAUGUUACAAUACCACUUUUGACUGCAAAAAUCAGUCAAAACUGGUUUUGCUUUUGACCAAGGGCGUUAGUCAAAACCACUUUUAGCUGCAAAAAAUCAGUUUAAAUUCAUAGUGUUAUGAUUAGUGAAAAUUACAUGGAAAUCAUUAAAAAAGUGUUAUAAAACCAUUUUAAGUACCUACAUAUAUUCUUUACAUAAUUUGUGCAUACAACGUGAUUACCUUAGGUGUCAGAGUAAUGUUGCUUUUUAAUUCAUUCAUUCAUUAAUUAAUUCUUAUCAUAUUUUUAAGAAAUCUAGGUAUUUGUCAAGCAAAAUAUAAGUAAAAUCAUUACUUUGUAUGAAGUUUGGACUGAUUGGUAAAAUUUUAAAUCAGGUGAAAGCACUAUUGACUGAUUGUUUGCAGUCAAAAGUGGUUUUGACUAACUCUCUUGGUCAAUAUCACUUUUGACUGAUUUUUAUUACUAAUUUCACACUCAAAAUUAUUCAUGUCUGUCUACACAAAACUGCCAUGUUUGACUGUUUGAGUCGGGAAGUAACGAUGGUGGAAUGAGUACACUCUGCUAAGAGGAGUUGUGGGGCGGGUUGUGCCAAUAUUAAAGAACAGAGCAGCGAAGAUUUUAAGCCUUAAAGAUUUUUAGUUAAUACUAGCGGCCACCCGCGACUUCGUACGCGUGGAUCCCGUUUUACCCCCUUUAUCUAUCUUACGCGGCUUAGAUUGACGCAACUUGGUUUCGCUGAAUAAAGAUUGCCUCCAAUGUCUGAGGAAAACUGUUUUCUAAAAAAAAUGUUUGACUGUUUUUAUGAUUUUCGAAUGAUGUGACGAUUCAGUUUAAGAUAAAGACAAUAAUAAUUGUCAAAAUUUCAAUGUUCUUUGCUUUUUAGAUAGUGAGUUUAGUCGAUAAAAAAGACGUAUUUUGUAAUGCAUCUGUUUUUAAUGUUUUAUAUGAUAUCAAUGUGUAAACAAAGAAGUUUCGUCUCUACUCUCAUUUUAAAAUAUAUGAAAUCACAAUAGAUUAUUCGCUAAUGGUGGAUGUCAUACGAAUAAUACGAAUCAGGCUACGAUCUCCUAUUAAUGUUAACGUUAUAAUAUUUGACGACUUAAGAUUCAAAUGAGAGCGAAAUCACUUCUGUCCGAUUCACUAUUAUAUUAUUCAAUUCUCAUUUUUUCUGUACACAUUACUUAUAACCCGAUCGAGCUAACUGCGGGAAUACUACUUCCACACACCCGAGGGUCGAUGUGGUAACGUCAUGGUGCGCAUUUAACUCGACCGGGUUGUACCUAGAUGAUCAAGAAAUAUUAUGUAAACAAUGUGAUUUUACUAGUUUUAGGUAACAAAUACCUACAGGUAAUGUAGGUUUACCUAUAAUACUACACAACUAAGUGCUCUUAGGCUUGCAUUUUGUAAUCAAUUUGCUAAGAUUUUUCAAAAUACAUUAUUAAUUUUA